AUGCAGUUCGAUCCAACAAUGGACGACAACAGCCUCAAGACUAUUCGGCGAAGGAUUCGCAGGGUCAAAGUCGCUUUAGUAACAGAAGCGAGUAAACUAGAAAACGUUCUAGAGAACUACGGGAACGCAGCUGACAAUCUAGAUAUGGAAACGCCGUCAAUAUCAGAUAUCAUGUCGCGAGUGAAAACAGAUAUAGAAGCAGUUCAAGGACUCCUGGACUGGACCCGAAAGGUCGUGACCAACCAAAAAAGACUACAACAGGACUUUGACAGCUCACAAAACUAUGAUCAACCCAUUACUGAAUGUCCUAGAAGUAAAGCCGACACCAAUCCCAAUUCCGAAAUUCAAUGGACGAAUCUGGGAAUGGGGAACUUCUGGAGAUGGUUUGACCACAGUGUACACUCCAGGAACAUCGACGGUCUGUUCAAACUCAACUAUCUUCUUGACGCCUUACAAGGAGAUGCAAAUAAGUCGGUAAAACAGUUUGAAGUUUCUGGCAACACGUAUCCACUCGUGAUCGAGCAUCUCAAAGAAAAGUAUAGUGACAAGCAAGCCUUGGUGGAUCAACUUCUACAUAAAUUCACGUCAACAAAAGCUAAAAGAGAACGACUAGAAGAGCAAAAGAUGUUCUGUGAACAACUACAUUCCAUCAUAUCACAGUCACACUUUAAAGGAGAGCAUAUCGAUAAUACAUUCCUGCAAAAGGAGCUUCUGGCAAAGUUCUCGAUGGACACACAACGACAUAUUUUGCGACAGAAGGCACGUGAUGAGAAUGAAAACACUUGGAACACGAUGAUGCUGCUUUCUGCAGUUAAGGAAUACGUCAAGUCAGAACUUAAAAUUAUUCGACAAGUAGAACAGUAUCAGACCAACUCCACCAGGGAGCAAAAUCAUCAUAGGCGGCAAAGCAAAGAUACAAGUAAAAUCAACACUAAAUUGCGACCCGUAGCUUGCUUCCACUGUGGACAUCUUUUUUUCCAUGCUCUGACGAAGGCGAUAACGCCGAAAUGUUAG